UACUGCUGAAGCCACUGCUGUACUCUACUACCUAAUCUAAUUGAUUAAAAAUUACAACUUCAAAAAAAACAAAAAAGCAAAUCAAUUCCAACAAAUAUAGAGAUUUAAAGCUCACCUUUUUUGCUUGCUUUGCUUCCUUCACAUUCUUCUUUGACAUCCAUAACCAGACACACCAGUAAUUCUGGUUGUUGCUUCUUUUAACUCUCCCACCCAUCUCUCCAAAUUCAAAACCCUAGAAAACCCAUUCUUCUUCUUGAAGCCUCUCUCUCUCUCUCUCACUCUCCUCUUUGUGCUGGGUUUUCAGAUCGUGCUGCUGAAAUCCCAGCUCGCUCGCCGAUCUGCUCCGUCUCCGCCGAGUCGGUUAAAUGGGCGGCUCCGACGAUUCGCGUCGCUGAAAUGUUGGCUGUUGCUGACCGCGAUUUCGAUGCUCGUCGGCCAAAAUGUCGGCCUCUUUAGCUGCUUUUGAGCGCCCAAGACCUGGAGGUUCUAAUACGGUCUUCAAGAGUGGCCCACUUUUCAUAUCUUCGAAAGGCAUAGGCUGGAAGUCUUGGAAGAAGCGGUGGUUUAUCCUCACACGGACUUCUUUGGUUUUCUUUAAAAAUGAUCCUAGUGCGCUUCCACAAAGAGGUGGUGAAGUAAAUCUGACUUUGGGGGGCAUUGACUUGAACAAUUCUGGGAGUGUUGUUGUUAGAGAAGAUAAAAAGCUGCUGACAGUUUUAUUUCCUGAUGGACGUGAUGGUCGGGCCUUCACCCUUAAGGCUGAGACAUCAGAAGACUUGUAUGAGUGGAAGACAGCCCUUGAACAUGCUCUUGCACAAGCGCCAAGUGCUGCCCUUGUCAUGGGACACAAUGGGAUUUUCCGAAAUGACACAAAUGAUACAAUGGAAGGGUCCUUCCAUCAAUGGAGGGAUAAGAGGCCUGUUAAAUCUUUGGUUGUUGGAAGACCAAUUCUGCUUGCGCUAGAAGAUAUUGAUGGAGGUCCUUCGUUCCUUGAGAAAGCUCUUCGGUUCCUCGAAAAGUGUGGUACUAAAGUUGAAGGAAUUUUGCGACAGUCAGCGGAUGUUGAGGAGGUAGAACGUAGGGUACAAGAAUAUGAACAAGGCAAGACUGAAUUUGAUCCCGGUGAGGACGCUCAUGUUAUUGGUGAUUGUGUCAAGCAUGUUCUGAGAGAGUUGCCCUCGUCUCCAGUACCAGCAUCUUGCUGCACUGCGUUGCUAGAAGCUUAUAAAAUUGAUCGAAAGGAAGCUCGGAUUAAUGCAAUGCGCUCUUCAAUAUUGGAGACAUUUCCUGAGCCAAACCGCCGUUUAUUACAGAGAAUUUUGAAGAUGAUGCAUACCAUCUCAUCUCACUCACAUGAGAAUCGGAUGACUCCAUCUGCAGUUGCUGCUUGCAUGGCACCCUUGCUCUUACGCCCUCUCUUAGCUGGUGAAUGUGAGUUGGAUGAUGAGUUUGAUGUGAAUGGAGAUAAUUCUGCCCAGCUUCUUGCUGCAGCAAAUGCUGCUAAUAAUGCGCAAGCGAUCAUUACAACUCUUUUGGAGGAAUAUGAAAACAUUUUUGAUGAUGAAAAUCUACUACGGUGUUCUAUUUCAGCUGAUUCUCGGAUUGAGAAUAGUGGGAGUGAAGAUUCUUCCGACGAUGAAAAUCUUGACGUGAAAGACAAUGGUUACCAUGAUGCAGAAAAUGAAGUGGAUCCAGAAACAGAUGAUGACCUUGACCGUGUACAUAGUGGAAAAUUGAGUGAAAGCAGUGGUUAUGCUGGCAGUGACCUCUAUGAUUAUAAGGCAUUUGGGGGUGAUGAUUUGGAUGUUGGAUCCCCUAAAGGAAAUCAUGCUUCAGCUGAGAGUUCAAAUUUAGGUGUUCCUCAACCAAUCAGAGAUCCGAAUGUUGAAGUAAUGGAAAGUGGAACCAAACAGAAAAAAGAAAAUGGAACUUCAAUUAGUGAGACGGAAACACCAAGCGCAUCACCUGCUGGAGAAUCUUACAGAUCAAUGGGAGAGAUUCUGUCAGUAAUGGAUCCAGGGCAUCCUUUACAGGUGUCUGGAGUUGAAUCAGGAAAUGUGAAAGCAGUGGCUAAAGUUACAGGAUCUAAUCAUAAUGCAAAGCGCUCGGCAUUUUGGGGAAGAAGCAAUGCAAGAAAGACACCGUCGAUGGAAUCAGUUGAUUCUUCUGGAGAGGAAGAGCUUUCUAUUCAGAGGCUUGAGAUUGCAAAAAAUGACUUGCAGCACAGGAUUGCAAAAGAGGCUAGAGGAAAUGCAAUUUUACAAGCUAGCUUGGAGAGAAGGAAGCAGGCUUUACAUGAGCGGCGCUUGGCACUGGAACAAGACGUUUCAAGAUUGCAAGAGCAGCUACAAGCUGAACGAGAUCUUAGAGCAGCAUUGGAGGUUGGUUUGAGCAUGUCUUCGGGACAGUUAGCCAGUUCACGUGGAAUGGAUUCUAAGACAAGGGCUGAACUUGAGGAGAUAGCCCUUGCAGAAGCAGAUGUGGCCAGGUUGAAGCAGAAAGUUGCAGAACUCCACCAUCAACUUAAUCAGCAACGACAGCAUCAUUACGGUUCUCUAUCUGAUGCUUGUGACCGUUAUCAAAAUAUCCAAAAUCAUAAUCCUCAACCGAGGUUUCUUCAGCAGGAUUUUGAUGCAACCCUUGCCUUUUGUAAUCAUGAAAGGAAACAGAGGAAUGAGGACAGUAUGUCGGGGGCAGAUUGGAGGAAUAUCAAGGGGCAAAUUUUAGCAUCUGGCGGUGGUACAAGGCAGCCUACAAGGAAGCAAUUCAUGGAUCCAGCUGGCAUGAGCGAAUCAAAAAGUACCGAUGCAUCGACAAGUUUGUCUGUUGAUGAUCUUAGUGCUGUAGAUUCUGCUUCCAUGCCAUCAACUUCAAGAGCAGCAGAGGUGGUAGAUUACCCAAGGCAUCCAUCAACAGCAUCUUCUGCCUUAGUAGAAUUAACAACUCGUCUUGAUUUCUUCAAGGAAAGACGCUCUCAGUUGAUGGAACAACUUCAUAAUCUUGAUUUAAAUUAUGGCACAACAUCUUUGCAAGACUCUGUGUAUAGACCAUCAUCACCACCAUGGAAUUGAUUGGCGGAGAAGAUGCUCAUCAAAUGAGUCGGAAGAAGAAUGUCAGACGCCCUGUUCUUUGUAUAUCCUUUGAUAAUGUUGCAUAUAGUUGUAUCCCAUGUGGAACUCUUUAAUAUUCUUGUUUCAUAUUCAAAGUUCCUUUUUUUUUAUUUUUCUUUUUCUAGUGAGGAUGUGGAACGGAAUUUUCGUGAGAAGUGUUCUUUUCGGUCUGUUUAUUGAUUUUUUUUCGUUUGGUUUUUGUUGUCAAGGACCCUGUAAACAAACCGUGCACUGUUGUGUCCAUAGUUUAAGUAUGCUUAUUGAACAAUAAUAUUUAUAGUCAGCAAACCA